AUGGGUGCCAUAAGUCUUUAGAAUCUUGAAUAAUUAAGAGCUGAUCCAAAGUCUAUUAUGGACAAUUUGGUUAUUAAUGAUGUGAAUCAAUUAGUACAUGAAUUGUCAAGUAUGCCCUAAUGUCUUAUAUGCACAUCGUGUAAUGAUUUUGAUAAAAUGAAUCGAUUACUUUAAUAUUGUUAGCACAUUGAUAUAGCCAUUGGAUAUCAACACAACAUCUCAAAAUAGUUGAAUAAUCUGCCUCUUUAUUCAGUUGAUAACCUAAUCAAGAAAUUAGAAAUGGAAAUAACCAUGGGAACUAACAAUCUAAAACCGGCAUUUAUAGGAAUAAUCAACUAUGAAGAAAUAGAUUUUAACAAUCAAAUUUGGAUUAAUAUCAUGGAGAGUUAUAUCUACUGUUCUGAGAGUUGUGGAAUACCAAUAGUGGUUGAUCAUAAUCACAGAUUGGAAUUCAAGGAGAUUCAGCAAAAAUAUAAUUUAAGAAAAGCCAAAUUCAUCAUUCUAAAUCCAUAUGUAGAAGUCAAGAUUACAAAAUAAAACUAUUUUAUAAAAAGAGAAAUCAAUAUUGAGUCUGUUGAUUUAAAAUAGAAGAUUGUGUUCAAUAAAAACGAAGUGGACUAUGAGUUGUAUAGUUUAUUGCCUGUCUAUUUUACAGUUGGUAUUAAGCAUAAAACUCAUUUGAAAAUGUUUGGAGGUAAUGGAUUUGAGAUUGUGAAAUCAGAGACACAGGAGUUGUUCGAUCUAUUGAAGUGGUCUAGUUAGAUUAUCAAGAUAGUGGAAAUAAAAAUGUGGAAAUGUCCUAUGUAAUGA